AUGCAGUUGACGGCGGAUGCGCUGGAAACGAGUCGGCCCGCUGAUAACUUCGGCCGUACGAACCGCAUUGGCUACGACAGACGCAAUGGCUAG